AUGCGCGCCUCCUGCCUCUUCUACUCCUUCGCGGCGACCGGCCUCGCCCUCCUUGUCCUCGCAAACUACACGCUCACGCUCUUCGACGCCUCGCUGCACUCCCGCCGCCAGCCGCCCACCCGACCGCGGAUGAAGAGAGAGACUGUGGUCGCAGAGACGGCAGUCCCGUCAGCAGCCUCCCACCGCGAGGCGAGCUGCAGGCCGACGCCCGACGCGGUGCGGCAGCGGCAGCUGCGGCUCCUCCCGGGAGGGACGAGCACGCCUCUCGCCCUCAAGUGGCGGGCCCUGUCUGCGCUCCUCGCCUCGGGCGCGGAGCUGCUGUGCACGGACGCGGACGCGGUGCUGGGCGCGCCUCCCUUCGAGCUCGCCUCUCUCGACUCUGACUUCGAGCUCCUCUCGGACGGGUGGGACGAGGAGUCCGCCCACGGCUUCAUCAUGGGACAAGCCUAG